ACGCGAUUCCGCCAUUUUAAGAGGGGUAUGCUUUUGCCUUGACGACCGUUACUUUCCCAUGUUUCCCUCCCGAUUUGAAUGACCAAAAGCAGAUAUGCCCAAAACCUGCGCUGUUUUUGGCUGUAGUUCUCAGUCAUGGAGCAACAAGAACAUUUCCUUUUACAGGAUUCCGGCUGAAAAGGGCCAGAAAAGGACUUUAUGGCUCAAAGCAUUGAGGCGGAUUAACAAUAAUGGAACCGCAUGGAGCCCACAGUCAAAAUGGUCCUAUGUUUGCAGUCAGCAUUUCGUCAAUGGUCACCAGAUCCUCUGACCUCAGAACAGUUGACAUCUGUAAAAUGGACAGUGAAGAUGACCUGGACGUUUUGACGGCACUGCUAGAAGAGAGCGAGGGUGUCGAAGAAGAACAGAACAGUCAGGAACAGGCAGACGACUUGGACGGCCUGUUUGACGAAGACAAUGAUGAGGAGGAAGAGUACAAAGAGACCAUUGAGGAAGAAGAGCAAGAUGUGGCCACAGAAGAUGUUGUGUCAGAUCUCUUUGGAGAUGUGGAUGACAUUGAAAAUGAGGAGGAGGACACUGAGGGAAAAGGAAGUGGAGAAGAAGCCUGUGAAAACCUAAACAAGUCUAAAGAGGAUUUACAAGAGGAGUUGAGGUGGAUGCAGGAGCAGAUGCAAAGAUUGCAGCAGCAGCUGGAGGCCGGUCAGAAGGUUUCAUCAACAUCGCCCACCCCAGUGAAGAUUACAGGAAGUUCAGCGGCACUCAAACCAGCACCGACUCGACAGCCGACCUCUAAAUUGAUGCAGGUCAAACCAGCUGCUGCCACACAGAAGCCCAAGACACAAGCGGCAACAUCUUCAUCCACUCCAGCCAGAGGAGGAAGCCAGAUGCUCCAGGAAUCCUCAGAGUUUUCUUCUCAACUCAACAACGCUGACUCAUUCAAAUGCAAACCCAGAGUGGCUCACCACCCCAAAUCCAGCACAUCACCAGAAGACAGAGGACCACUGGUGGAGAUAAAGAUCGGCAGCUCCUUCCAGCCAGUAGAGAGCACUAGUAAGGUUUCAGCUCCUCUGCAGUCACCUCCAGCCUCCCACUGCAGACCUGCCCCAGCUGCAUCAGAAGGACAGUCUACACCUGCUUCUGUUCCUUCUCUUCCUAAAGAUGUGGCUGUUGAGAGAUACUCAGGACUGCGGCUCAGAAAACCACGGGUUUCCUCCAGUGAAAUGGAUCGCAAGAUGGCUGACCGCCGCCUGAUCCGCCUUUCUCAGGUGCCAGAGCGUUUGACUCGGGAGAAGCUGGAGGGCAGCGACUGGGUGACGUUUGCCGUGCUGGUCAGCAAGGCAACGCCGCAAAGCAACAGCAGUGGCAAAACCUUCAGCAUCUGGAAACUGAACGACCUCCAUAACCUGGAAGUGUUUGUGUCUCUGCUCCUGUUUGGUGAAGUCCACAAGGAGCACUGGAAGACUGAGCCGGGCACCGUCAUCGGAAUCCUCAACCCGAACCCCAUGAAGCAGAAAGAUGGAUAUGACGGGGUGAGUCUGACGGUGGAUCACCCGCAGAAGGUGCUGCUGAUGGGUGAAGCUCAGGACUACGGCACCUGCAAGGCCAUGAAGAAGAACGGAGACCCAUGUUCUCAGAUCGUCAACAUGUAUGAAUGCCAGUUCUGCCAGUAUCACGUCAAGGCCCAGUAUAAGAAGAUGAGCUCGAAGAGGGCCGAGCUGCAGUCUUCAUUCUCUGGAAAAGCACCCAACAAGGUGAAGGUGAAGGGAGGCAGCCUGAGAGAGCGGCUGUGUCAGGAUGGUUUCUACUACGGUGGUGUUUCCUCAGCUGCCUGCGCUGCUUCACUGAUGGCGUCCAAACCGAACAAACCCACCCAGAGAACUCUGGACAAGAUGUUUGUGAAGGGAUCUGCUCAGCUCAUCCAACAGGCCCAGAGUCUCGCUAUGCAGUCUGGUGAAAUUUCAGGUUGCUCAAAUGACUUCAAGAGCCUGAUGUCGAUGCCAACACCUGGGGCGCUGCAGCUGAAGAAGCACCUGGCACAGGGCAGCCACUCAGUUUCCAAAGGUACAGCUGGAGGUCCUGUUCAGUCCAUCUCAGCCUCAGACCUGCUGAAGCAGCAGAAACAGAAGCAGCGGGAGCUUCUGGAGAACCGGCGGCGAAGAGCAGAUGAGAUCCAGAAAAGGGUGCUGCAGAACUCUGGUGUCGUCAGACCGGCACUGGGUGGUGGUCUGAUGUCCCCCAGAGCUGCUUCAGAGGUUCCCAAGGCAACCCAAAGCCCUGCAGCUCCCCACACCCCAACGCUGGGCCGAGGCUUCUCAGAGGGUGAAGACAUCCUCUUCUUUGAUAAAAGCCCACCUCCUGCCCUCAGCCUAUCAGCUGCCAAACUGGCUGCUCUGAGGAAGCUGAGGGCCAAAGGGGCGGGGCUUGAGAAGGAAGACCCCAACGCUGUGAAGAGGAAGAGGAGCAACAGCAGUGAGAUCAACACUCGAGUAGAGAAGAACCAGACCUCUACUAAUGGUGAAUCAUCCACUAACGAAGAGGAGGAACCGGUCCAGAAAAAGAAGAGAGAUCAGCUCCGCUACAUCCAGUCAGAGGAAUUUCAAAAAAUCCUCAAUGCCAAAUCCUGCCAUGGUGCUGCACUUCAAGCGGCGGAGUACCAGCUGCAGGAGCGCUACUUCAACGCUCUGGUGAAGAAGGAACAGAUGGAAGAGAAGAUGAGGGGCAUCAGGGAGAUGAAGUGUCGAGCUGUAACCUGUAGAAAGGUCAGAUAUGGGAGGUGGAGUGAGUCCAUGGAACACUUUGGAGAUCAAACAAGCAAAUGUAACAUUUUUUAAAUUCUCAAAGGUCAGUAAGUUGUAAUUCUCUAAGAUAUUACAAGCAUGAUAUGACAUUAGUUUUCUAUCGAAGACCUUUAAUGAUUUGUUAUAGAGUGAUUCUUGCAUGUAUUCAUACCUGUCAGCGACCAACGUGUUAUUUAGUAUACAAUGUGUGAUAAUAUCAUGGAUAUUAAUCACAAUUAGACAUGAUCUACCUGGGUAAUUUGACAUCAUGACAUCCUAUUUCAUUCUUUUCAAAGACCUUUAUGGUGACAUCUCUCUCACCUGCUGCAAUUACUGAGUAGCUUGUGUCUACUGUAUACGAGGUGUUUAGGGAACAUCAGCAAAUUGUAGUUUCUAUUGAUAAACAACAAAGGAGGUGUUUGGCUACAAUUUAUUUAUGUUUUGCUUCAAGAGAUGCACCAAACUGAGGUAAAAAACAACCGUAUUAUCCCCGCCUCCACGAAGUGGAAAAGGGGGAUUUAGGUUUUGCCUCCGUCCGUCCGUCCGUGCAUCCGAGAUGAAGGGGACAGCUUUUCUCGGAAACUAUUACAGCUAGGAUUACGAAAUUUAGUGUGUAGCUUCACACCAUGGACACCUUGAUCAAGUUCGAAAAUGAGACCUGUGCGAUAAUAUUUAACAGAGUUAUGGCCCUUGAUCACUAUUUUGGAUAUAGACUCAUAGACAUCACGUGUGGCGGGGGAUAUUGAUGACCAUGUCGUCUUGUUUUAAUUUUGUACAUUAGCUGGAACUCAGCUCAACACAAAGGUGACAGCAGAACUCGGUUUAUUUAAAUGUGAAAGUGCAAUAAACAUGUUUUGUUAAAUCAGUUGUGAUUAAUAAUCAUGAUUUUCAUUUCAACCAUAAUGAUACAGCCCUACCAUGUAAUUAAAUAUGUAAUGGUGGUGCGUGGUGAUGAGUAGUCCCUGAUUGUCAUUGUUUUUUC